UCCUCUUUAUUGUAUUCUGGAACCAGUCAGACAUCGGGAAGGAGAAUCCAUCAUAGGAAGUGAUAGGAAGAGGCUCCUGGAGAACGGCCUCCAGACCUUCCAAGGGACGGAGAAGCUGAAGAUCGGUCAGUGAUGGGGGAUGUGGAGCCAUGAGGAGGGAAGUAGGCAGGUUGUCCCCAGGAGAUGGCGGCAGUGUGGCCUGGAGGGAGGAUUUCUACCACUAGUCUGACAUCUAGAUGAUACUAGAAGAAGGAGGCCUCCACUACGUCUAGAGGAAAGAAGGCUUCUCCAGAACAUAGAGGAGCAGUCUUUACUGUAAGAGCAGGGGGACUAUGGAGCUCUCUGCCAGAGGAAGGGGGAUGGGGAAUUCUCUAGAAGAGUCCAGAAGGGGCUGGAGGGGAAGAAUAUUCCAGCUUCUAGGGACUAGAUUACUGGAGAUGGGGCCAUGAUCCCGGGAGGGAUUCUGAGGGGAGAUCUGGAGUCAGUGUCUCUCUCCAUCCACAGGAUUACACCCUAGUGAAAAAUACACCGGGGAGGACUCCCAUCAUCCAGGAGUCAGGAGGGUGGACCCCCCAUCAUAGAGCCUUCCCCCCGAUACAUGAGCAGAAGAUCCUAUAACUUACCCACAAGAUGAUGGAGCUGCUGACUGGAGAGGUUCCUGUAAGGUGUCAGGAUGUGGCGGUGUAUUUAUCCAUGGAGGAGUGGGAGUAUAUAGAAGGAGGAUCUGUACGAUGACACUAUGAUGGGGGAGCACCAGCCUCUGACAUCUCCAGGCUCUGACUACAGUAGGAGAAGUCCCCCCGAGAGAUGUCCCCGUCCUCUGUAUUCCCAGGACUGUCCAGAGGAGAAGCUCCCAGAGAACCAUCAGGUAUCUCCCGACGCAGACGCCAGCGGAGCCACAGUCCCUCCGUUCCCUUCUCUGGUUUGGACAUAAACUCUCACUUAGCCACAGCUCGUUCUCUACUGGCCAAGUCCCUGUCACCCAACACGGCCAGGGCUUAUCAAACAGGCUCUGACUCCAGUAGGAGAAAUCCCCCCAAGAGAUGUCCCCGUCCUCUGUAUCCCCAGGACUGUCGAGAGGAGAAGCUCCCAGAGAACCAUCAGGCUGAGGUUAAAGAUGAAGAAGAAGAGGAGACGGAUUUAUGGGGCGAUCAGCAGGGUUCUGACUCCAGAGAAGUCCCCCCGAGAGAUGUCCCCGUCCUCUGUAUUCCUAGGACUGUCCAGAGGAGAAGCUCCCAGAGAACCAUCAGAAUUCAUCCUCGGUUCAUAAGAUGGCGUCCCGAUACAAAAUGGAUUCCAAUCUCUCACAUGUGUAAUAGAAGUGGGUGACUGAGGAGUCGUGGAGGAGGUCUUGCUGUCAAGGCUCGGCUCACACAGCGGAUGUUGCAUUGAUUGUGGUGGAAAGGAUUGUGGCUUUAACCCAUUCAGUGUGGUUAAUCUGAACAUCAACCCUGUUACACAUCUGUGUGUCAUCAGCAAAAAGACCCACCUUACCAUCGAGGCCUUCUGCAAUGUCGCUGAUAAAGAUAUUAAACAAUAUGGGUCCCAGGACCGAGGAAAUUUCUCCACCUCAAGCUGUUGGCAUGGUUUCUGAAGGAGAUAGAACUUCACCCCCUCCAAGUUCUUCUCCUGUCGUCACUGCGCACCCACAGCGCCGGACUAUUGCUGAAGCAAUUGGGGCCCAGUUGAGGCGGGAAAGGAUUGGCAGGAGAGGUACGGCGUGAGCUGAUGAAACACGACGCUCUCCUUAUAGAGGAAAUGCUGGUUAAUAAACAUCUUGCACAUGAAUUCCGCAUCAUCUGUUUGGAGGGGAAGGCGUCCAUGGACUCUUCUAGUGAGAGCUACCACUUCUUGUUAUAUCUAGUGCCUUUAAUGGAGAAAAUGACAGACAGUCAAAGACUGUAUUUCAAAGGACACAUGCACUUACUGCUCUGUGAAAUUCUGAACCAACCUUCACCUCAAACACAAGCAGGCAUGCAUCAACCUACCCCACUCUCACAGCCGGGCGGGUAUGUCCACCAAAACCCUGCUCCAACCCCUUCUGAUGGCACUGAAUAUACGACUGUGAAGGAGGAAAGGCAUCGAGCAGCUCCUGCUGUCAGUCUUCUAGGUUAUCACAGACCUGAGGAGCACUGAUAACCUGGGCUGUAGGACCGUGACACCUCUAGUCCUGAAGAAGUCCUGAAGAUAGAAGCAGAGGUUUGUGUGAAGGCCGUGUGCACAUUUUGGGACCAUUUGCAGAAUCCUUCAUCUCUAUUUUAUGUUUUACACAAUUUUCUGAUUGGUUUCUAUGGUUUCCUUCUUUUGCCUCUUGCAGCUUCUGCAGGAAGUCCGUCUGUCAUAUCUCAUGGACAGCCCCUUCUGGACUCUGCUCAACCAUAGUUGAGGUGUCCGAGCCAUCAGACCUCACACACCAUUCUGCAGCUGCCUUGUACAGAGUAUACAAAAAUGGAAAUCAAAACCUUGUUCAAAAUACUUUUUAGGCCAAAAUACAUAAAAUCAGUCUUCAAAAAGCCUGAACAGUUGUCCCUGUCCUUUAUUAAGUAGAUGUCCACUGUUCUAAAUAUGGUUCCCUGAGGGUUCUUCUGUAUUUAUCUACAAGACGCUGCCCUUAAAGGGUCGAUAAGUAGUCCUGCCCCUGUGUUUAAUGAAGAGAGUGCUGUAGAAAAGAACUAGAUACCCUGAGCUUCAGGCUCUGAGUGGCUCAACCUAUGGCAGCGACCUAGUCGAUGCUACAGUCCUCCCAGAAAAAGGUAAGGGCUGUGCAGCAGCUCAUAGACUGAGGAUGAAGCGUUACCUCCUGUGCUCUGCUCCUGCCUGUAUGCGUUACCUACUGUGCUCCGAUCCUGCCUGUGUGCUAUCUCCUGUGCUCUGCUUAAGCUAUGUGCACUAGUUCCUGCUCUCUGCUCCUGCCUGUGUGCGUUACCUACUGUGCUCUGCUCCUGCCUGUGCGUUACCUCCUGUGCUCUGCUCCUGCCUGUGUGCGUUACCUCCUGUACUAUUCUCUUACCUGUGUGUUACCUCCUGUGCACUGCUCCUGCCUGUGUGUUACCUCCUGUGCUCUGCUCCUGCCUGUGUGCGUUACCUGCUGUGCUCCG